AUGGCCUCCGUAUCUUUUGGCGGCACAAACUCGGGUAACCAGGUGGGAAUAAAUCAUGGAACGAUCCAUAUGCCCCCAGAACGAGAGCGACCAGAAACUCCACCCGCUCCUCUAUCGACCGUGCCGUUCCGUCGUGAUCCAGACUAUGUCGAUCGUGGAACGCUGCUCGAUCAGAUAUGUGAAAAGGGGACUAGACCAAGCGCUAGGAUAGCGCUUGUUGGGCUCGGCGGUGUGGGGAAAUCUCAACUUGCGAUCGAACUGUCUUACCGAAUCCGGGAACAAUCGCCCAAGACAUGGGUUUUCUGGAUUCACGCAGGUAGUGCGGCUCGGUUUGAGCAAAAUUGCGGGGAUAUCGCAGACCGAGUCAAGAUCCCUGGACGGAAAGACCCCUCGGCGAAUAUAUUUAAGCUCAUUCACGACUGGCUUGCCGACGAGAGGAAUGGAAAGUGGGUUUUGAUUCUUGAUAACGUCGACGAUAGCCGGUUCCUCCACGAAGUUCCGCCUUCAGGACGACCACUCCUGGAAUACCUCCCAGUUACAGAUAAUGGGUCAACAAUUAUCACAUCUCGAAGUAGAGGUGUUGUCUCUAUCAUAGUGGAAGACGCCGAUAUCAUUCCAAUAGAACCGAUGGAUUCGUCACACGCGACGAUGCUCUUUGAGAAGAAGCUACGAGCGCAAGCAGAGAAGGAAAGCAUCAUUCAGCUCGUCACUACUCUUGACUGUGUACCACUCGCAAUCGUGCAAGCCGCAGGCUAUAUUAAGCAAAGGACCCCUCGUCUUUCAGUACCACAGUAUUUGAAGGAAUUUCAGAAGAGCGAUGGCAAGAAAACAAGUCUACUGAACCAUAACGGGGGACAGCUGCGUCGAGAUAGAGAUGCCAAGAACUCUAUUCUGAUUACCUGGCAACUAUCAUUUGACCACAUACAGCAAUCCCAACCGGCGGCAGCGGGCCUUUUAUCACUCAUGAGUUUUUUCGACCGCCAGGGCAUUCCUGCAGCUUUACUUCAGCAUCAUUUAGCAGAAGGAAGCGACGACAAUGGGGAGAGUGGAACAGAGUCUAGUAUAGAUCAUGAUUUUGAAGAGAAUAUACAGGUUUUAAGAGACUACUCGAUGAUCUCUAUCAGUGUUGAUGGAGCGACCUUCGAAAUGCAUCGGCUAGUACAACUGGCUAUGCGGAAGUUGCUCGAGGUCCACGGACAACUCCAACGGUGGAUGCAGCAAUUCAUCGAGAUACUUUGGUGUGAGUUUCCCAACGGAGAAUUUGAGAAUUGGGCUGUUUGCCAACCGCUCUUUUCACAUAUACAAUCUGCUGUCCUGCAAUCACCGGAUGACGAAGGGAUUUUACCAAAAUGGGCCGACCUGCUGAAUAGAGCAGCUUCAUUUGCGCUCACGAAGGGAAAUGUUCGUGAGAGCGAGGCUCUUGCAGUCUUGGCUAUGCACAUAAGAACAAAAUUGUUCGGUUCACAACACAAGCAUACGAUUGAUAGUCUUGAAAUGGCAGGACGGGCAUAUAUACUUAGCGGUAAAUGGGAGGAUGCAAAAACUUUGCAGCUAGAAGUGAUCAGAUAUCGCAAGCAGGUGCUCGGCACAGAGCAUCCGGAGACACUGGAUAGCAUAAGCAACCUGGCAUCAACCUACCAAUAUCAAGGACAAUGGAAGGAGGCCGAAGAACUCAACGUACAGGUGAUAGAGACCAGCAAACAGGUGCUUGGGCCAGAGCAUCCUGACACUCUGAUAAGCAUAAGCAACCUAGCAUCAACCUACCAAUAUCAAGGACGAUGGAAGGAGGCCGAAGAACUCAUCGUGCAGGUGAUAGAGGCCCGCAAACGGGUACUCGGACCAGAGCAUCCUAGUACUCUGAUGAGCAUAAGCAACCUAGCAUUGACCUACCAGGACCAAGGACAAUGGAAGGAGGCCGAAGAACUCAACGUACAGGUGAUAGAGACCAGCAAGCAGGUGCUCGGACCAGAGCAUCCUGACACUCUGAUAAGCAUAGGCAAUCUAGCCAUGACCUACCAAUAUCAAAGACGAUUGAAGGAGGCCGAAGAACUUGAAGUCCAGGUGAUAGAGGCCCGCAAACGGGUGCUCGGACCAGAGCAUCCCAGCACUCUGAUGAGCAUAAGCAACCUAGCAUUAACCUACCAGGACCAAGGACGAUUAAAGGAGGCCGAAGAACUCAGCGUGCAGGUGAUAGAGGCCCGCAAACAGGUGCUUGGGCCAGAGCAUCCUGACACUCUGAUAAGCAUAAGUAACCUAGCAUCAACCUACCAGGACCAAGGACGAUUGAAGGAGGCCGAAGAACUCAGCAUGCAGGUGAUAGAGGCCCGUAAACGGGUGCUCGGACCAGAGCAUCCCAGCACUCUGAUGAGCAUAAGCAACCUAGCAUUGACCUACCAGGACCAAGGACGAUUAAAGGAGGCCGAAGAACUCAGCGUGCAGGUGAUAGAGGCCCGCAAACAGGUGCUUAGGCCAGAGCAUCCUGACACUCUGAUAAGCAUAAGCAACCUAGCAUCAACCUACCAGGACCAAGGACGAUUGAAGGAGGCCGAAGAACUCAGCAUGCAGGUGAUAGAGGCCCGCAAACGGGUGCUCGGACCAGAGCAUCCCGACACUCUAGUCAGCAUGAACAACUUGGCCCAUAACUGGAGGUCAUCUGGUCGACUUAAAGCUGCUUUACAGCUGAUGACAGAAUGUGUCCGACUCCGCAGCCUAAAAUUAGGCCCUGAUCACUGGCUGACUCUUGAAUCAACAUCUAUCCUAAAUGACUGGAGAAGGGAGAGAUAUGUAUAA